UCUUUCAAUAUAUUUAAAGGUUGUUUUUAUCUGAUUUGUUAUAGAUCUUCUGGAAAAGAAUCAGAAAAAAGAUGAAGAAAUGGAAUAUCUACAGCUGAAGCUACUAUUUAAACUUCCAACUUGGGAAAAUGAGAAUCAAUCUUCUUUGAUAAAUGAAAAUGAAGCUCAAAUUGAAGAUAAUGCAGACCGCGUGUGUGCUUUAGAAAGGAGUACCCGAGUGGCCUUGGACCAUCUGGAGUCUGUUCCAGAAAAACUGAGCCUCCUGGAAGAAUUCAAAGACUUUGGAGAUUCCCGUUAUCCAAGGGAUGUGACUGAAGGGAGAUAUGCUAAGUACAAAGAACUUGUGGAUUCUCUUCAGCAUCAACUUGAUGACUAUAAUAACAGACUCAAAAAGUUGAAAGAAAGGAAAACGAAUAUGAGUCCUCCCACUGAUCGAGGAGAAGGUUUUUUCCCAAGUUGGAAAGAACGUAGCCGUACCUUUGAGCACAGUUCAAGUUUAUCACAGCCAAGCUCAUAUGUAAAAAAGAUGAUUCCUUUGGACUCCAUUUCACCCAAGGAAGAUGCCACAAAUGUCUUUACAAAUGGGAUAAGAUCACAAGCCAGAAAGGAGAAAUUCGACAGCAACAAAAAUAAAAUGCAAUCUAGCUCUUCUCAUUGAGGGACCAGUGUUUUAAAAAUAAUAACAGUUAUUCUGGCUACAAUCCGGCCCAGCUGCAAACUAACAGACCAACCUGCAGCUUCAGCUCCUCAACAAUUGCCAAACACUGACUGAAAUUACAGCACAGUUGGUUCUUGGGAAUGACAUAAGUUUAACCAAACAAAACAAUAUGUACCAUUUUGGCUGAUGGAUGGAGUGAAACUCCACGGCAAACCUUUGCUCUUUCUAUUAUGUUUUCUUUUUUCAGGUUUGGUCAGAUCACAUUUCCCUGACCAAAGCUUGGAAUUACAAUAGAGUUCUUUCAAAGGUUAUAAGCUAAAGAGUAGGAAAUCCAUUUGAGCCAGCACUUACCACUAAUUUCAAUUCAGAUAACAUUUUUACAAAAAAUGAUUUUUUAAAAAAUGCUUUCUCCCUAAUAAAUUAUCAUGUGUUAUAACAUGCCAUGGAGGUAGGCAUAUAUCAAGAAAUCCAUUAGUAAAUGCUCUAUAACUCUGUCAUGUAUCAUCUUGGCAAUCUUUUACAACAAACAUCUUUACAAGUAUUUUUAAUGCAAUUGUCAAAUCAUCCAUUUUUAAUAUCAUUAAUAAAAUUUUAAACAUUACUGGAUUCUAAUGGCUUGUCAGGAAUUCAUAAGCACAAUGUAUUUACCUAUAUAUACUAUUGCCAAAGACUCUACUGUGAUCAUUUUGGUCAUUUCUUCUCCUUACUUUCAUCAAACCAGCACAGAAGUUAUUUCCUCUCGUGCCUAUUGAGAUCUCACCUUGCACAAAUUCUACUUGAGUCUGGUAGCAUCUGUCUUUUUGUUUUUGUUUUUGAGCAAUUCCAACUGUAGUCAAGAGUAUCACCUCAGAGUCCAAAUUUAAUAAGGAAUAGUACAAAUGUUGAAUGCAUCCUUCCAAUAUGAAAUAGUGCUCAUCUUCACUUACCGUCAUAUCAAUGGAGAUAAACAGACACUUGUGUGAUGUUAGAGGCCACUUGAGAGAUCAUAUAUAGGAGGUAUUUUCCGAAGGAUUCUGCACAAAAGCAAAGAAAAUAAAGCAACGCAAUUGUAAUAUUGCUUUAUAUUUUUGUGUAUAUUAAGACACUUGUUAAAUGUCAUGCUUCAUAAAAAUUCUUUCUCUUUUAACUUACAUUAAUUUUGCCUUUUACAUUUAAAUAUACUGAAGGUGAUGUUGGUACUACUAGCUAUUCAUGAACUUAAGGAGAUACAAUUGUUACCAUGGUAAGCUAAAGAGCUUGGUGUUAAAAAAAAAUCCAGUGCUGAAUACCAUUUUAGUUUGUGUUCAUGUGAUAAAUAUCUACACGUGUAUUAUAUAUUUGUAUACACAUUUAUAUAGACAAAUACAUAUGUAUAUACAUGUUAUAAUAAUUUUACACUACAGCAAAACUUUUGUGUUUGUGGUAAUAAUCUAGGUUUCAUGAGAGUUGGUAUUAAUAUUGAACUAAAUAUUCAGAAAGGACCAAAAAUAUUUUAUCACUUGGAUCUCCAUACUCAUCAGGGAAGAAAGGAUAGUGCUGGGGGGAAGGAGGAGGGAAAUAUCUGUAGGGCCUAUUUUUUUGGAGAGAAUAGUAAAGCUUCAGUCUUCCUAUGUGAUUAACAUGGAGUUUGGAAGUUAUGAAAUUGACUAUUAUUGAUUUAGCUGUUUUUUUUUAAUUUAAAUCAACUGUAGUUUACAAUAAUUUGGGGAAUCUUGUUUUAAGCUAGAUGAGGCCAUUUAUUGUGAAGGUUAAAAGCAUAUAAGAUAAUAGAUUUAGAACUCAGAAAGUCAGCUAGUUCAAUCCUUCAGUUUUAUAUAUCCUUCUUCCUUUUUUCUUUUCCUUUGUCUU